GAUAUUUACAACACUAAUUGGAACCAAAGCAGACAUUAAAAAAGUAAAGCAAGCUUUAGCCACUGUUGGUCCAGCACAUUCAUCAUUUACAGAGUUCUGUCAAGGAAGAACAAUGAGAUGGGGACUUGCAUGGACUUUUGACCCAAAGUUGCAACUGAAUCAAAUAAUGAGUAAGAAACAAAUGGCAAAUACCAAGCCGAUGGUGAUGUUAAUGCCUCGCAGCUUAAUGACUGCAUACUCUGUUCCAGCAGCAUGGCGUAUGGUUGCAAAAUGGUUGCAUUAUCUAAAGGUUAAGGUGCGUGUCUUCAAGAAUACAAAGUAUUUUGUUGGUGCUCAUGUUAAAGCUUAUAAACCAACCUGGUUACAUCAGAGAAGGAAGAAACGGGAGCUUGAUCGCAGGAAUAAAGAGAAGACACACAGGACUGAAGAGUCAGAUGACAUAGAAAUCUCAGGUGAGGGAGAGACCUUGUGUACAGAAGAAAGGCAUGAGCAGCAUUGCAACCUCAUAGAAGAUAACACAGUGAGUCAGAAUGAAGAACUUUCAGUUGAAGCAACAGAAAAGCACCAAUCACAUAAACGAAGUAAAGAUGAGAGUGAAGAAGGCCAGGAAGAGAGCACUCAUGAAAGGAAGAGACAAAGGGUUUUCUCAGAACAAUUAAAUCAGUCAACAAAUGGAUCAAAAGAGAAACCCACACCAUAUCAAAUGAUAUCACCAAAUGACUCGGGCAUUGGUAACAGCCCAGAUAAAGAAAUUUGCUCUAAUUCAGAGUUCCUGAAGCAGAUCAGUGAAAAAUUACACAAGCAAAAAGAACCACAUGUGCAUCAGGCAAGUGGACUGGAGUGCAUUCUUAGGUUUAACAUCCAUUUGAAGCAAGCAGGGGGCCUUAUUAGUUUGGAAUUGACAUAUCUUGGUGGCUCAGCUGGUAAAAAUGGUCUGGGGCAGUUGCUUUUGUUUAUGAGAAACCAGCUGACAAAUCCAACUAUUUGAGAUACUAAAAUG